ACCAUCCAUAUGUUUUUGUGUGAAAUUCCUCCCUGAUUUGUUAUUACUGAUACUUAUUAAAUUUGAUAGUCUUUAGGCAUUUUGUAUACAAGUAAAGCACAAUGCCUGCAGCAGCUGUGUAUUCAAUAUUAAUAAAGAAAGAGAAUGCACACGAUGACCCCAUUUACUGUUGCGCGUGGGGCAAUGCAAAUGCAGCAGGAGAUUCAAAAGCAUCCAAAACAGAUUACAUAGUGACAGGUGGGCUAGAUGGUCUUAUUAAAGUAUGGAAGCUGGAAAAUAGCAAAUUGGAAUCUGUACACACAUUACAAGAGCAUACAAUGGCUGUUGUUUCCGUUGCUAUUAGCCCUGAUGGUCAUACUCUAGCAAGUACAUCACUUGAUUGUACUCUCAUAAUAUGGGACCUACCAUCUGGGCGUAAAGUUCAUGAGGUGUCAGCAGGCCCUACAGAUGUUUGGAAGGUGGCAUUUUCACCAGAUGGUGUCCAGGUGGUCUCAGGUAGUCAUACUGGGAAGUUGAUUGUAUAUGGUAUUGAGAAAGGUACGACAGAUCGUGUUUUGGAUACCAGGGGCAAGUUUGCACUGAGUGUUGCUUGGAGUCCCGACCAUAGUUUCAUCGCUAGCGGCUCGGUAGAUGGCGCUGUAAGCAUCUUCGACGUGCACCAAGGGAAGUUACUUCAUACCAUAGAGGCCCAUACCAAACCCGUCCGAGGAAUUACUUUUACACCAAACUCUAAAUUUAUUGUUACUGCUUCUAAUGACGGCAAUGUAAACGUUUAUGAUGUUGAAAGCGGAAGCCUACAAAACAGAUUUGACCACAAAUGCUGGGCGUUAACGGCAUGCGUGUCGGCCGACGGGACGCGCGUGGCGACGGGGGCUGCCGACGGCUCUGUGAAUGUCUUACUCGCUGUGGGGUUGAAAUUACACCAUGCUUUCAAAGAACAUAGCGAUACAGUAUGGGGAGUACAAUUCAAUGCAGAAGGCAAUAAAUUACUAUCGGUAUCUAAAGAUAAGAGUAUUAUUAUUUAUGAAUGUCCAUUGUUACCUAAGAAAUAAACUAUUUCU